GGGAUUAGUCCGGCGCCGGGCGCGAGAGCUCCCUAUUGGCUGCUGAGUUCGGGUUAAAGGCCGUCUGCGCGGGAAGCGUACCGCGGGAGGACAGCUGAGCUGGCCAGGUAACUCCGCUUCUGUCUGCUCCGGACUCGAGAUGAGCUGCGUUAACCUGCCCACCGUGCUGCCCGGCUCCCCCAGCAAGAUCCGGGGGCAGAUCCAGGUGAUCUUGGGGCCCAUGUUCUCCGGGAAAAGCACAGAGCUCAUGCGCAGAGUCCGGCGAUUCCAGAUUGCUCAGUACAAGUGCCUCGUGAUCAAGUAUGCCAAAGAUACUCGAUAUGGCAAAAGUUUCUCCACACAUGACCGGAACACUAUGGAAGCACUUCCAGCCUGCUUGCUUCGGGAUGUAGCCCAGGAUGCUCUGGCUGUGACUGUCAUUGGCAUCGAUGAGGGACAGUUUUUUCCGGAUAUUGUGGAAUUCAGUGAGACCAUGGCAAAUGCUGGGAAGACUGUGAUCGUAGCUGCACUGGAUGGAACCUUUCAGAGGAAGGCAUUUGGGAAUAUCCUCAACUUGGUGCCACUGGCAGAAAGUGUAGUGAAACUGACAGCGGUGUGCAUGGAGUGCUUCCGGGAAGCUGCUUAUACCAAGAGACUGGGGGCAGAGAAAGAGGUUGAAGUGAUUGGUGGUGCUGACAAAUAUCACUCUGUGUGUCGACUCUGCUAUUUCAAGAAGUUCUCAGGACAAUCUACUGGGCUGGAGAACAAAGAGAACUGCCCCCUGAGUGGGAAGUCGGGGGACACCUCCAGCUGUCGGAAACUCUUUGCUACUCAACAGAUUCUACAGUGCAAUUCAAACAACUGAGGCAGUAGGGGUGUCCCUGAAACUGGCCUUGGCCUGGAAAGAUGAAUUCAGGCACUCUGGCCAUGUGUAUAUAUAUAUGGAAAAAGUCACCUGGACCUGCUUCUUGCUUUCUGGCCACCCUACAACCAUAGCUGUUGCUUAUAUCCACACUGUGUUUCUAUCUUCCCCAUGUCCCUCGGAAGAGGGAGGACCACAACAGACCUUAGGAAGGGGGGAAUAGGAAAGAAGCAGUGCUUCAUAACUUGGAAGAAACUUUUUGAGCCCAAGACUAUACAACUUCCCUUCCCCUACUUGCCAUCCUACCAAUCCUGCCCCCACAACUUCUGCUUGGUCUAUAAACGUUGCCAGUAAAAUCCCUCACCUUC